AUGACAGACCAGCAGGAAGACCCUAUCAUCAAAGCAUUGCAGGAGUACACAACCUGCGAUGUGUCCGACGCCCUAUGCAAGCUUAAAGUACCGCACGGCGGCUUCCUGCCAGGUCUCACCAUGUGGUCCCCCCAACGCCAGGAUGGCAACACAAAAAUCAUAGGCCCGGCCUAUACGGUUCAGUAUGCUCCUCUGGAUGAUCCCAGGCCGAAGCAUCCGAGUCAUUAUAUCGACUCUGUCCCGGCCGGUGCUGUUGUCUUCGUGACUACUAUCCAACAGACGUCAAAUGCUCUGUACGGGGGGUUGAUGUCGACCCGGGCCAAAGCAUUAGGUGCUGUUGGAUCUGUAAUCAACGGCCGCUUCCGCGACCUGCAGGAGCAGAGGGAAUUGAACUAUCCGGUUUUUGCCCGUGGCGUUGGCACUGCACCCCCUGGCCCUGUGCUCAAAGUGGUUGGUGUCAACAUCCCGGUAGAGGUUGAGGCCGAUAAAGGGCCCAUCACAAUCAACCCUGGAGACUACCUUAUUGGUGACGUCAACGGUGUUGUCGUGCUUCCAAAGGAGUUAGCUGAAAAGGCCUUACCGCUCAUGGCGAAACAGGUAGAGGCCGAUUCUAAGAUGGCUGUAGAGAUUCAGAAGGGUAUGACCUUUACAGAAGCUAGCAAACGCUUCCGGCUAUGA